CAGGGCUCCGGCCAUGGGACCCACCGCGGCUCUGCCGGUGCCGGGGGCGCUGAAUGGGCGCGGCGGCUCCGCACAGGUACCGAAUAAAGGCUGGAAAUCACCGGCCGUGCUGGGGCUGCCCCGGCGCCGUCCACCCGGUCCUGCAGUCGCCUGCACUGGGGUCACAGCCCCCGAGCAGCCCCAGCCGGGGAACAACCUGGGAAUGGUCAUCUCGGCACUUCCCGAACCGCCUCGUGCCCUGGGACCACCUUGGAGAGACCCUGCCCCUCUCAGGAACAGCAGUGGGGGCUCCACGGCCUGAAACAGCGAUGGGGACUUGUUUGGAUCCUCCACACACUGGCCACAUGAGCCUCACAACGCUGUGGCUGGGCUGCAGAACCCAACAAGCUCAGGAUGAGGUAGCUUCCACCUGCUGCUGCCAGCAAGAACCUGCUUCCAAGGACACCCCCAGUGGGCUCCCCAAGGAUGACUGCGUUCCCAUUCCAAUGCCAGCUGCACUGCUCUUUCCGGGGAAAAUGCCUAUAGUGAAUCUCUAAGUUACACCCUCUACACUCACUUGGUUUCUAUCGAUAAUAAUUCCUCAUACCUUCCUCACAAGGCAUCUUCAUCAGUUUAAUCUUCUACCUGUUGGGCACUGUUCCCCCUCAUUAUUUCAAAGGUGAGAGUGAGGAACUUUGCAAUUGACCUUCACUGAGCUCCACUCACAAUAUCUCUCACUCCUUUGCCAGCAAGGAGAAAGAUUAAAGAAAGAAAAAAAAAAAAAAAGUGUGUUAUGAUCUAUGGAAGGCCAGAAAAUGGCCUGAAGAGACGUAUUUUGGAUUAGCUCUGGUUAUGUAAAACCAAAGUCAAUUAGGAUUUCCUCAAGAAAAAAAAAAUUAAAGGAUGAGAUUAUUAAAGUUAUUUAAAUAGUCUUAUUAAGGUCUGCUCCUCAAGGUUUUAGCUUUGGCACUUCUCUGAGCAAUGUGAAACGCAGACUGUGAGUAAUUGUGAUGGACUGCACAGAAGAGGACUUGGAGGAUGAUUUCAUUCCCCCCUCCAAAUCAAUUGGAAUUGACUUAGACAAGGACAGGAAUUCGCUUUAGACUGUCAAUCCUGCCCAAUUAGCAGGAGGGUGACUUGGACCAUUUGCACUUCUAAUACUUAGUGGGCACCUGCUGAAGAGCUGUUAGAUCGCACUAAGCUCACACCUUUGAAAUUAAGCUUUGUGGGAUUGCUUAGAAGAUGCUCUUCCUUGUUUUGCAUUUGACUCUCUCUCCUAGGGAACAUGUUGCUGUGGCCCAUAUGUCACCUGCUCAUUGUCCUGGAUGAGGCAGAGCAGAGGACUGACUCCCCACUGUGGUACUUCACAUUCCCACUGCUGGAAUGUUGCAUGACAUCACUUGAAAACUGGAGUAAUACGGUGCUGAAUGAAACUACUCAGACGUUGCUGCAGCUUUCAGCACAGCUUUUCUAUCAGCAGAGAGAAGCCAAGUCACAGAUGGUUUUUACUCUGCUAUAAUUAAUAAUCAUGGUACCGUGUUAGUGUCAUCUUAGCAUAAAAAUGAAUCUAUAAAUUGCAUUCAGCAUUUUUAGAGCAUCUACACUGACUGUUUUUUGCAACAGGAGGGUGCUGCUCUGACAGUAAGUCUUUUUGAACUGCAUUUGUAAAGAAUAAUUUCAAUUUACUGUUUGUUUUCUUUAACAUUAUUUAUGAAGAGGCAUAGUUAAUUUUUUCUGUAUAUCACUUUUAAAUUGAGCCUUUACAGAGUUAGAUUACUUUUCUUAUUUUACAGCAUGAUGUGUUACAUCACUCCUGAGCUGGCCUAAACUUUGAACAGCCUGAUGCUCACAGC